AACCAACUCAUCGGUUUCAAUCGCAUCGCCAAUGAAUGCAAUCGUGUAUUUGAGACCACGAACGUUUGGCAGUGUCGAAAGAGGUCAGAUGACCCCUUGGCCUUGAACAUUGAUGACGUCCGCGUUUCUUGGAAAGCGCAAGCCAAGGGACACCAGGAAUGCGCGACCAGGACCGCUUGGACGAGGGGUAUAUGUGAAUCUCCAUUCUUCCAUACGGCAAGACACGAACACGUCGGCGAUCUCUCUGGCUCGACCACAGGUCUUACGUCUCGUCGAGUUUCUACCCGUGCAAAGUAUCGGUCCUCGUUGAUUGACUUCAUCUGUACCUGCAUAGCCGUAUCCAGCUUUUGCCUCCUCGCUUACCACAUUCUCCACCUCCUCACCGGAAUAAUCUCAAUCCAGUUGCCUUGUUACGUCUGUCAUCCAUGCUGAUAAUGGCGCUCAAACACUUACUAGCUCUCACGUUCGCCGUGCUGACCGCCAAAGCUCAAACUCCUGCAGCGGCGUGCCAGAGCCCAAUUGCUCCGCAACAUGGCGCUCCUUCGGUAUAUCCGGGAUUCCGUGUCGAGGUUGUGGCAAACGGGCUGAGGUCCCCGCGCGGCAUUCUGUUCGAUUCGGAAGGUGGGCUUUUGGUGGUGGAGCAGGGACAUGGGAUUAGUCGGCUGAGGCUGACCGGGGACGGGCCAUGUGUGAGAGUUGAUGGCGCUGUUCAGAGCGUCGUGGCAGAUAGUUCGUUGAGCCACGGCAUUGCCCUGACGCAGGAUGGCCGCACUCUUUACGGUUCCUCUCACAGCGAUGUGUUCGCAUGGGACUAUAAUGCUUCACAAGGCCGCACCACGUCUAAUUCUCGACACAUUAUCCAAGACAUGGGACCCGAUGAAGGACAUACCACCCGCACUCUGCUUCUUUCCAAAAAGGUCCCCGAUCUGCUACUCGUCAGCCGUGGCAGCCAAUCGAACCUUGACCUCGAUGCAUUGGACGUGACCACCGGAGUUUCCACAAUCAAAGCAUUCAAUGUUAACAACGUUACCAACUCAGCAUACAAAUACCCCUCGGACGGACUGUUGCUCGGAUGGGGUCUCAGGAACUCGGUAGGUGUAGCGGAAGAUCCCAUCUCAGGUGGUAUCUAUUCCGUGGAAAACAGCGUCGACAAUAUCCAGAGGAGCGGCGUAACCUUCAACCAGAACAACCCCGGCGAGGAAAUGAACUUUCACGGCUACCUGAACGGGACUCGCAGUGCGGGGCAAGGUGGGAACCACGGCUAUCCCAGCUGCUUCGCUGCCUGGAACGUUGCCGAGGUUCCCAACUUUCGUGGCACGACUGGCUCACAGUUUGCUAUUGGAGACCAAAAUGCUACCGUGAAUGACGACUUCUGCCAGAACGAUCGAAUCGCGCCGAGGAUCACGUUUGCUGCCCACAUGGCUCCUCUCGAUAUCACAUUUAACCCGAAAGGCACUAGUGCUUGGGUCACGAUGCAUGGAUCAUGGAACCGGCAAUCCCCCAUCGGCUACAAGCUCAGCCUCGUGUCGUUUGACGGUAACGGCUCGCCCACCUCACCCGCAAACAGCACGACAGCCGCUGUUGAUAUUGUAUCAAAUCGUGAUCUAUCCCAGUGCCCUAGAGGCUGCUUCCGUCCUGUAGGCCUAGCUUGGGAUAGUCGAGGUAGGCUGUUCAUGAGCAGCGACUCCACGGGCGAAAUCUAUGUCGUGACAAAGUUGGAUGGUACGGGCGUAGCUGAUGUACAUGAAAGACCGUCGAAUGGAAAUUCGAACCCCUCAGGAAGUGGAAGUGCGCCGUCGCCGACUGGUAGCGGUACGAGCAAGGCGGUGAGGAGGUGGAGAGUUGCCAGUGGUGGCUAUUGGGUUGCAGGCGCGGCGGCUGUUGGUGUGCUGCCGAUGAUCUAGUGACGAGCAAACGGGGUUUGUGAACCGUGGCGAAGUGUCUGCUCUGCGGCGGUAAAGAGCUGUGUCUUUCUUUAUAUCUUUAAUUAGUAUUUCUAUUAAGAGUUCUCGAUUCCCAACCAUUUUUCUUAGAC